AGCAUCUCUUAUGAGAUCCCUUGUUGCGCCACCCUCACCUACUGCUGUCAUCCUAGUUACUCUUCUCCAUAAAAUCUCUUACCCCUCUCUCACUCUUCAUUCUUCAUUCUUCAUUCAACCACCCACCUCUCUUCCUUUCCUUUCAACCUUAUCUUCAUCUCAAACAAAACAAAAUGAAAGUUUCAGAGAAUUCUCCAGUGGAAGCUUUAGCUCUCAACUACUUGAGCUUUGGUUUUCUCAGCAUCCUCAACAAUUUCUGGACAUGGCUCGCCUUCAGCUUCUGGAACCUUCGAGUUCAUUCCACCCAGCCAGAAUUGCUUCCUAUCGAACCCGGUCCCUCCACCUCGGACUCAUCUGACCCUGUUCCUGAGGUGUCGGGCCCUGAUGUAAUGAGUGCUCCAGUUGCGGCGGCUAGUGGCGGCGCCGUUGAUGUUGACGGAGUUACCAAGGGAAAGUUGAAGUUCACGUUGUGUUAUGAUACGAGGGAAUGCGGCGAGAGUGACGGGGUUUUAACGGAAACAGCAACGGCGGAGGAGUGGGAAGAAGAAGAAGAGUGGUGGAAGAGGUUGUUGAGGAUGAGAAGAGGAGAGUUUCAGAAUGGAUGGUACACGUGCCAGGAUUUAACGGUGCUUAACGGCAACGUUGUUAGGUUUUGGGAUGGUGCUACUACUACUACUUCAACCUCAACCUGUGUUAGUGUAUGGUAAUCCAAUAAUUAAUUGCAUUCGAUGUUAAUUAGGUAAGUUAGCUAGCUAUCCCCAUCAAGAAGGAGAGAUUAAUUAUUCAGAACUAAUGUGUAUAUAUAUGUAGUGGUACUGUAGUUGUAGAUUUGGAUUAUGAUGAUUAAUAAUCCAUGCAUUUCAGUCUUAAUGAAUGCUCAAGUGUUGAUUCA